AUGCCGCGUCUGCCGGUGUGGUUCGGCGGGACCGCACUUUUCAGCGGCGGGUACUACACCUUUUACCACUGCUUCUACACUCCUCGCCACACGACGUGGCGUGAACUCGAGUCGGCGAUCGAGGCAGAGAAAUUGAGGUUGCAGUAUGUCCUGCAGCGAUACGCCGUGCUGGGGUAUAUGUUGCAAAGACUGCGGCAAAGCGGCGCAGAGGCGACGAACCGGGAGCGUCUGUACAUUUACUGUGAGAUGCAGCAGCUGCGGGAGGCGUUUUAUAACUUUCCGAUGCGGUCUCAAUCCGCGUCGGAGAAGCAGAAAGUGAUGCAGGACCUUGAUGCUGUGGAGGUGACUUAUUGCACAGCACCGAACUUUAGGGACGAGGCUCUGACGCUGCGGCAGAUGAUCACCUGCCAGUUCUGCUUUGGCCUCUAUGCGUUUUGUUUCUGUCUCCUUGACUCCCGUCCUGCGGCAGGUGCAGUGCAAAGUGGUGGAGCGGAUGCGGAGACAUGGACUGCACACCGUGUCACAGUGGAUUUUGUACUGUCUGCGUAUUCCUGCCACCAUGACGCUGGAGAACACGUUACCUCGCCGGGAUAG